AUAUAAGAUCAAGGUAGAGCCGUGUUCCUCACUUAAACCACGAUUACUUUUUAAAAGUCUGUUUCACGUCUUAACUUGUUAACAAUGAGAGUGUUUGUUGCAGUCGCUGUUUUAACGGCUUUGUUGGCUUUUGUAGCCGCUCAGGAUCAGCCUGAAGAUAGAUCAGCUAACUGUUACUGGGGUGACGCGGAGCCCUGUCACUCUGAAUCAGGCUGUACUUACGGGUGCCACAAGAGACUUUGUUGGUCUCAGUGCAACGGCGCCUGCGCUAUCAAGGUUGUGAUGAAGAAGCUGAUCAAGGAAGGCGGAAGUAUCUCCAACUUCAACGAUUUCUGGAAGAUAAUAAUGGCAGACGGAACUAACUGUGUGAAGUGUCCCGAGUGGUGUUACGUGGAUGAUGGGAGUAAGGGGUACCAGUCUUGCAAGGAGAACAGUGAUUGUGACUCCUUCAAGGCAAACCAGUGUCUCAGCCAUUGUGCUAUGAUCUGAGUCAGGGAUCUGAUUUUAGGUGGUAACCAUGGCGACGACAGUCGACACAAUUUCUGAUUUUGGGUCGUAUCUUGAUCUAGAUGAGUUUAUCUCUGGGAUACUUUUUAGUUUUAUUUGUUAACUAAUUAUUACUAAUUGUUCUGUGAUA